CGCGCCCCUCGGCCGCGGGGCCGGGCAGCCCGGGACGGCGGGCGGGCCGCGGCCGCUGCAUCGUUCUUCUUCCACAGAACAUGUUCUCUGCCAGGAAGUUGUCAGGAGAUUGCAGAGCCAUAAGACUUCAUCCUUUCAGAUCCCAUGUUGUAUCCAGAAGCUCUCCAAACCUGACUUUCGUGCCAGAGUGUCUUCCUCCAGAUCCUGCAGCCGUCGAGGAGCUGCAGCACUUUGUUUCUCAGUCCAAGAAGCUGUUUGUAGUGACUGGAGCUGGCGUCUCGACUGAAUCGGGGAUCCCAGAUUACCGCUCCGAAGGUGUCGGGCUCUACGCCAGGACAGACAGGCGGCCCAUCCAGCACGCUGAGUUUGUCCGCAGUGCCAGCGCCCGGCAGCGGUAUUGGGCAAGGAACUUUGUGGGCUGGCCCCAGUUCUCCUCCCACCAACCCAAUGCAGCACACCUGGCACUAAGAGACUGGGAGAAGCUGGGAAAGCUGCACUGGCUUGUGACCCAGAACGUGGAUGCCCUUCAUGCCAAAGCUGGGAGCCAGCGCAUGACAGAAUUGCAUGGCUGCAUGCACAGAGUUUUCUGCCUGGGCUGCGGAGACCAAACCUUGCGCUCUGAGCUUCAGGAGCGCUUUGAAGCUCUGAAUCCUACCUGGAAAGCUGAAGCGCUUGGUGUGGCUCCCGAUGGGGAUGUCUUCCUGACAGAUGAGCAGGUGCGUACUUUCCGAGUGCCAGCCUGCAGUAAAUGUGGUGGAAUCCUGAAGCCUGACGUGACAUUCUUUGGAGACACAGUGAGUCGUGAGAAAGUGAAUUUUGUGCACCAACGCCUGGCAGAAUCAGACUCCAUGCUGGUGGCAGGAUCCUCCAUGCAGGUAUACUCUGGUUACAGAUUUGCUCUUGCUGCCCGGGAGAAGCAGCUGCCAAUUGUGAUACUUAACAUUGGGCCGACUAGGUUAGAUCAUUUUGCAUCCCUGAUACUCAAUUCCCGCUGUGGGGAGCUGCUGCCUUUGAUUGAUGCACACUGACCCAACAAGCUGAGGAUCAGUGGCUAUCGAGGAGUGAAAUUUCUACAAGGACUGCUAAUCUCAAAAGCGGACGUACUUCAGCCGAAGAGGCAGCCGUGAGACUCGAUGCAUGAGCCCCUGAGGAGACCAGGAGAGGGCAGCAUGCCUCGUACCUCCCAACCUGGCCAGUUUUCUGCACUGAAAUCAUCCCCACGUAUCGGGGAACAGAGGGAUGAUGAAAAAGCUUCUCACUUUCUUUUCUUCCUUACCCUGCUAUUGUAAACAGUGUCUUUUCUUUGCCUCGACUGGGAGAGGAUGAUCAGAAUUCUGAAUCUGCAACAAUAGAUUUCGUAUAGUUGUGCCAAGAAAAGAACGAAGGAUGGAGAGUUUGAGUAACUUGACAAGUUAGAGUAGCAGAGGAGGGCGAUGCCACCACCCUGUCAGCUCGGGGAGCCACUGACACUAUCAGGAGACUGCGGAGAGCAAAAGGAGGUAAGACGACCAGCAGCUGGCUUUGACUUGGGAGGAGAUUGUAAUAGAAAACGUGGUUCAAAAGAGAAGCUGAACAAGACCACUACUCUUCUAAGAGAUGAUUGGAAAGCACAGAAUACAAGCUGAUGUCUUUCAGCAAGGACGGGAAGAAGCACUUGUCCGCACUGUUAGUUGGCCAAUUAAGCUAGUUACUAUCUGAACUCUUUAAAAAUAAUAUAUAAUUGAGCAGCCAGAGGAGUUUCUCGUAGCUAAUCUGACCAAAGCUGCUUCUGGUGUGGCUGCUACAUUUUUCUAGAAUGCACUUUUGAAGAUGUUAUUAAUGAAUAUUUCAAUGGUGAAAUAAAAUUGUUUACAAAAUUGA